CUUGAGAACCCAAGAAGAGGCCACUCACAAAUAAGCUGGUGUGAAGAACUUUAGUCUGGGAAAUAAUAUGCCGCAAACCAUGUCCAAAAGCGAGGGCCUCUCGCUAAAAGUUCCAUAUGUGCAGAUUCUACCUGAAGGACUCAAGGACCAAACACUCAUCGCCAUUUACGGAGUGCCUAAACCAAAUGCUGAAGGAUUUGAAAUUAACAUCUGUAAUGGCACUGAUAUAGCCUUUCAGUUCAACCCUCGCUUCAAUGAGGAUGGGAAACAGGUGAUCGUGAGGAACACCAGGAUUAAUGGUUUUUGGGGCUCUGAGGAAAGAGAACUUCCUGUCUUCCCUUUCACACCUGGAAAACCUUUUGAGAUCAAGAUUUUGUGCACAUCCUCUGGAUUCAGAGUGGAAGUUGACAACAAUCACUUGCUAAAUUAUACACAUCGCGUGAAGGAGCUUGACCAGAUAACACACCUCCACAUUCAUCAAGACAUUUUCCUCGAACGUGUUCACGUAGAUGGCUUCUUCCUAAAAGUUCCAUAUGUGCAGAUUCUACCUGAGGGCCUCAAAGACAAAACACUCAUCAAAAUCUACGGAGAGCCCAAAGAAAGUGCUGAAAAAUUCGACAUUAACAUUUGUAAUGGCACUGAUAUAGCCUUCCAUUUCAACCCUCGCUUCAAUGAGGAUGGGAAGCAGGUGAUCGUGAGAAACAGUCUGAUUAAUGAUGUUUGGGGUCCUGAGGAAAAAGAACUUCUUUCCUUCCCUUUCACACCUGGAAAACCUUUUGAGAUCAAGAUUUUGUGCACAUCCUCUGGAUAUAGAGUGAAAGUUGACAACAAUAACUUGCUGAAUUACGCACAUCGCAUGAAGGAGCUUGACCAGAUAACACACAUUCACAUUCAUCGAGACGUUCUCCUCAAAUAUGUUCAAAUCGCUGAAGAUGAAGCAGCAGACAUUGCAACAUGAAGGAGAACUGAAUCCUGUCUACCUUUAUAAGAUUCAUUCUGUUAUCCAUCUGUUCUUCAUGGUUCUCUAUGUAUCUGUUGAUUUGCUAUGAUUAGUGUAUACUGUAUACUCAUGUCUGUUGAUUUGCUAUGAUUAGUGUAUACUGUAUACUCAUAUCUGUUGAUUUGCUGUGAUUAGUGUAUACUGUAUACUCAUAUCUGUUGAUUUGCUAUGAUUAGUGUAUACUGUAUACUCAUGUCUGUUGAUUUGCUGUGAUUAGUGUAUACUGUAUACUCAUAUCUGUUGAUUUGCUAAGAUUA